CACCUUCCCUCCGCCCCCGCCACCCAACGGCCCACGAUGUGCUUCGUUCACUUUAUCAACACGUCGGGACCCCCCGACGAGUACUCUGAAGUGAUGGGCAAUGGCGCCGUCUCAUAUCUCCACAAGCCCCGCGCCCAUGGACAGCCCGAUGGCCAUCGCCGUACACACAUGAUCCUCUUCCACAUGACAAACGAGCCCACGUUCACAGUCACCCGCGCCGACAUGCUCGAGGCGCAUGACUCCCUCCAAAUCAUCAGGGACAUGCUCCAGCCGUCUAUCGACACCAUCGGGAAGGCUAUCACGGCUGCCACGACCGACAGCAGCACCCCCGCGGUACUCCUCGACCACCAUCUCCUACUCGCGAGCACUAUUGAUGUCGCCUCCGAACGCCUCAAGGUUCUGCGUCACGGUCUCUCGUUCCUAGACGAUUGCGAAAUGAUGGGUAUCGUUCCUACACAGUUUGUCGAUCGCCCUUCACAGCAGACAGUAUUGUCUCGCGAAUGCCCGCCGCGCGACACCACGCGCAUCGCCCUUUGGCGCCGCGCUUUCGACAUCGUGCAUGCCAUGACCCGCCCUGUCGCCGAUCGCGGGCUCGCCAAGAGCGCGACUGCAUUGGUGGCCCAGACGCACGGGUUAUGCGCAAUGUUCUCGUCUCCCAUCGCGCGUAGCAAAGCGAUUAGGCGUCCUGCGCGCAACCCACCUGCGACGAGAGGUAAAGAGAGGAGCGACAGCUCCUGUAGCGAGCAGAAGCGGCCCGAUCUCAACUGGGGUGAAGAGCACCAGAGGACGGUCGACUUCGGGACUGCCGCCACCAAAGCCAGUCGAUUUGUCGAGCAGCAGAGCUCCUCAGUGGUGGGCCACUCGGCUUCUGCCGCCAGCAACUUCGAGGCUCAGCAUCUCGGCAUCGCAAACAAUGGCAUCAUCACGGACGCUUCGUGUGCCACACCUGUGGAUGCGCAGGCGACCCUGGCUCCUGUCGCACAGGUCCUCCCUACAUAUGCCACUAAGGCCGCCCACGAUGGGCGCAACAAGCGCCGGCACUCCUCUACCCAGCCGACCGAGCCUCACAAGCUUCCCCACGCCUCCAACUCCGUCCAUAUUCCGUCGGCCAGCAACUCCCUCCCUCCUUCGGAGGUGGGGCACAGUUCUCCUGCGAGCUCUUCGCACAGACACCGACGUCACCCCAGCGCUGCUUCCUCGGCGCAUUUCUCUGACUCCACUGAGUCGCAUGCAUCAACGAGCACCAUCAAAGCUAGCGCUUUCGAGCGGAACCGCGCUGAACGCGCUCCGCUAGCUUCCAGGGCCUCCGUGGUUUCAGAGGCGAGCUCCAACUCAAACUUUACCCAAGAUGAGCGCAACCCCACGGUGGUCACGGGGACUCCCCACACUAAUUCGCGCAACUCCAGCACCUGUGGGGCCAGUGAUGGUUCCCGAGACUCUGAGGAGUAUUACACGGCCUCAGCUCCUGGAAGCAGCUGCUCAGAGACCGGCCCUGCCUCAGGAAAACACGCAGUCCCAUCGAGCGUUUCCACCCGCACUCAACGUUCUGAGGGAUCCAGACACACCCACUACACGGUUUUCCCUCAGCCUACGACCGUUCUUCGGGGCACCACGGCUGCCAGCACCAGCCGCGCAGCACACGACCGGAUGCUACCUCGCUCUGCUGUGGCAGUGCGCACUACACUGGACGGAGUUCGCCACACAGUCGAAGUCGAGGUCUCCAACAUGGACACCGAGCCUCUCCGCCCUGCUCCUCGCCGCAACAUCCGUCGCGGUCUCAAGGACGACCUUCCUUUGGGCAGCUCCCGUACACACGUUUUCACCAGCAGAGACGCCGCCCGCAAACCGGACAAGAACUUGAACGAAGGCGCAACCUCUCGUACUCGCUUCUCCCUCAGUGUCGAGACUGUCGACAUGGACUCUAAGCAGCAGCUUGCUGGUGUCCACGUGACUGUCGACAACCACCUCCAGCGCAGCGACACUGUCCGCGCCGUGAUCUCCAGCCAUUACCCCCCGAUCUCGAGUCGCAGCCCCAAGACUCCUAUUGCAGCACCGGUCAAGACCAACUGCAGCCCAUCCACCAAGCAUGUGCCUCGCACCAGCGUUUCGGUUUGUACUGGGCACACCGGGCUCGACGCAGCCUCAAGCAGUUUUGACUCUCAGCUCGCUUGCUCCUUCGAGUCUGUCAGUUCGAUGACGGCAGUCGUUGGAAUGUGUGAUGACGUGCGUCGGUAGCAACUUGAUCCACGACGAGCGAUCAUAUUUUGUAGUCUUGUAUGCAUCUUUCAUGGUAGUGACGUC